UUAGGAGUUUGCCAAUAUGUCCGGACGCGGUAAGCAGGGCGGCAAGGCGCGCGCCAAGGCCAAGACGCGGUCCUCGCGGGCCGGGCUGCAGUUCCCCGUGGGCCGCGUGCACCGGCUGCUCCGCAAGGGCAACUACGCCGAGCGCGUCGGGGCGGGCGCGCCCGUGUACCUGGCGGCCGUGCUGGAGUACCUGACGGCCGAGAUCCUGGAGCUGGCGGGCAACGCGGCCCGCGACAACAAGAAGACGCGCAUCAUCCCGCGCCACCUGCAGCUGGCCAUCCGCAACGACGAGGAGCUCAACAAGCUGCUGGGCAAGGUGACCAUCGCGCAGGGCGGCGUGCUGCCCAACAUCCAGGCCGUGCUGCUGCCCAAGAAGACCGAGAGCCACCACAAGGCCAAGGGCAAAUAAGGAGCAAAUCGCAACAUCCAAACCAAAGGCUCUUUUCAGAGCCACCCACGCUUUCACUAAAGAGCUUGCUCGGAAAUGUCCGUUUUUAACAGCGACUAAUUCCUCAGCCUACCAGUAGAUGGCAGUGUGUGAACAUUAACUCCAAUAAAAACAAUUUAGCAUCAGCAAAGGAAAA